GGGGCGGGGCCAGGGGCGGGGCCUCCCGUCGGGGGAGGGGCGUGGGCGCCGCGCGCUCCGGCCAUGCCGCGGUCCCGCCGCGCUGCGCGCCGCGGCCCCGGCAGCGCCCGGGCGGGCUCGCCCGGCAGCGAGGAGGAGGCCGGCAGCGAGGUGCUGAGCCACUGCAGCAGCGCCAGCGAGGGCGCCAGCCCAGCCGAGGAGGGACCAGGGAGCGAGGCGGCGAGUGAGCAAGGCCAGGAGGAGGAGGCAGAGGACCGGCUGAAGGAGCACAUGGACAACCUCCUGGACAAGAGCGCCAAGACGCGGCAGGCGGCACUGCAGAGCCUGCGCCUGGCCUUGUCCUCCAAAACCCUGUCCGAGUUCCUGCUGGAGCGCCGCCUCACGCUCACCGACUCGCUGGAGAAGUGUCUCAAGAAAGAUGGGCUCCGGCCCGGAGGGAGAAGAGGUGUUCCGCAGCCUGAAGCCCCUGCUCGUCAGCGUCCUGACAGACAGCACGGCCAGCCCCAGCGCCCGGCAGAGCGUAAGGCCCGGCCCCUUUCCUCCUGGGGACACCUCGGUGCUGGGGAGAGCCUUUGGGGCCCCUGCAGUUACCGGAAGUGUGCCAUGGCCCUGGGCAUGUGCUGCUACAUUGCUGCUGCUGACCUCGAGGACCUGAUUUCGUGCCUGUCCUGCUUGGAGGGGGUCUUCAGCCCCCCCAGCACAGGUGAGGCAGGCUCAGCACCGGCCCAGCACGGGCCUCUGCACUGCAGCGCGCUCCAGUCAUGGUCCCUGCUCCUGACCAUCUGCCCCCCCUCCCACCUCAGGAGCAUUUUGGACAAUCGCUGGCUGCAGCUGCCCCCACUGCUGUCCAGCAGCAGCGUCGCCCUGCGCAUCCUGGCCGGGGAAACCAUCGCACUGGUGUUUGAGCUGGCCCAGGACCUGGAGGAGGACUUGUGCCACCAAGAUACAGAGCUCUUGUGUACCCAGCUCAAGGUCCUGGCUACUGAGAGCAACAAGUACCGAGCCAAGACAGACCGACGGAAGCAGCGAUCCAUCUUCCGGGACAUCCUGCGUUUCAUUGAGAGUGGGGAGUACCAGGAGGAGACCAUCCGAUUUGGCCUGGAGUGCAUGUACCUGGACAGCUGGGCACGCCAGCGGACCUACCAAGCCUUUAAAGAGGUGCUGGGCUCUGGCAUCCGCCACCACCUCCAGAACAACGAACUGCUACGGGAGAUCUUCGGCCUCGGGCCCCCCUUGGUGCUGGAUGCAGCUGCUUUAAAAGCCAGCAAGGUCUCCCGCUUUGAGAAGCACCUCUACAACUCGGCCGCCUUCAAAGCCCGCACGAAAGCCCGGAGCCGUGUGCGGGACAAGCGGGCGGAUGUGCUGUGAUGGGCAGAGGGGGGCAGAGCCCCCAGCCCACCUGGACUGCAGACCCAGCACUGUGAGGGGCAGGUGCCCCUGGCCUUUGGGCUUUUAUUCAUGUACAGCAGAGUAUUUAAUGCCUGGAGCUGCCCCACUGGGGGCUGCCCCCUCUUUUAUUUUUUUAACCAAAGAAAGGAAGGAUAAAAGAAGAGCAGGGGGAGGUGGUGGCGUGUCUGCUGUGUGCCUGCUCUGCGGCUGAGGCUCUGUGUGGCACAGUGGGAAGGGCUUUCACCAGAGCUCCUGCAGCCCCUUUUAGAGGCAAGGCUCAUGUCCCCAGUCCUGUGGGGACACCAGGGUGGCCUGGCACAGCCUGAGGGGUGAUUGAGAGGGCAGAGCUGUGCGAGGCUGUGGGGCAGCUGGCCUGGUGUCUGUGCCUGUGGCAGGAGCACUCGCUUUCACUUGCCACGCUGGGCACAGCCCCUGCCUCCACAGCCAGCCUGGCACCAGGGGUGGUGGCAGAGCAGUGUAGGGUGGCAGGCCUUGCUCAGCCCAGCCAGCUGCUCACUCUUAGCCCUUUUUUCAGCCAAAUGCUUUAUAUGAAAUAGUAAUCUUGGGGGAAAUUAAUUACGGGGGGGCAACUGCCCAGGCAGGCAUGGGGCUGUGCCAGCUGGCAGUGCCUGCCACUCCGGGAAUGUAUCUAUCAUGGUGAUUUUCUAAGACUUUGAUUGUAAGAGGUAAUUAAAAGGCUAAUUGGA